AUGGGAUUAAGUCUUGCGGGGUCGUCGAAGAAAGAAAAAAUUAGUUUCGAUCCUCGAAACACCAUAUGGUCGAAUGAUACUGAGAGAUUCGGCCAUCAGCACAUGCUCAAUAUGGGCUGGAAGCCCGGACAAGGCUUGGGCAAGUCCAUCAAAGGUGAUACUCAACAUAUUAAAGUCAAAGUAAAGGCAGACAACACUGGUCUUGGUCGGCCAAUCAAAGACGAUAUGCCUACAGGUCUUGAUGUUUUUCAGCGCAUUCUCGGCAAACUCAAUGGCGAAGAAGAAAAGGUCAACCGUCAGUUGAAUGAGCAAAUGAAGAUGAGCGGUGUGUUUCUAAACUUUGUGUAUGGUGGAGUUCUUGAGGGUACUGUUGAAAAGAUGAUGUUGACAACCGUCGAAGAGACCACACCCUCUACCAAGCGGGCUGCGCCUGAGGAUGUUGACGAGGAAGUCAAGAAGUCGAAAAAGGCAAAGAAAGAAAAGUCGAAGAAGCUGAAAGAGGACGACGAGAAGGAAAAGAAAAACAAAAAGGAUAAGAAGGGCAAAAAGGACAAAAAGGACAAGAGCAAGAGCAAGAGCAAGAGCCCGCCGGAGAAAUCAGAAUCUAAAUCUCCAACGCCUUCAGGCAUUCGAGCUACUCGCAGCCGAUUUAUUGCUAUGAAACGUCAAGCAACUACAGACGAGAAAAGCUUGAAAGAAAUCCUGAUGCUCAAUUAG